UAAUGAACACAAGGAGGAAGUUGACCAAGCGCUGAAAUCAUUGUUACCUAAUACGAACAUAGCAAAACAUAAGGAAGCAGAUAUUACAUGGCUAGAAGAUCAAUUGCAGCAGGCAGAAAACUUAAUUGAUAAGAUUUCGGGUUGGAAGAAUGAAUUUAAGGAUACCAUGAAAUCGACUAGUUCUGAACCGGAUUAUUAUCAAUUUUGA